AUGUACAGCUACAUCUUUAGGGCUGCUCGGGUUAAUAUAUGUCGUAACCGAGGCAAGAAAAUAAGCAGGCAGCCUCGUGCCAUUUUUGUGCGGGUGAGGGAGUGGGGGGCGAGAGCCAAGGCAGCGGGCGGCGGCCCCCAACCCCCCCCUCCCCCGGCAAAGGGGCGGCUGGGAGCCGGUCUUGUCUCCUCGCCGAGGCGGCCAGCGGGCGCGGCGGGGGGACACCAGCCCCGGAGACGACCUUGGGCGAUUUCAAAGCGCAGGCACCUCGAUUCCUCGAAUUUGUGGUGUGGCCGGUAUCGGUGUUCCCCUGGUUUAACUAGCCUGUUUGAAGGUGCAGAUCAUUCUCGGGGAAGUACAACUGAAACCAGUCCUCCCCUGCCCUCUGGGGGUCUUCGUUUUCCCAGCCUACAUCUGCUCCUGACUCCAGAAAGACAGACUUCAGAUUGGCCAAGGCCCAGUUUAAAUGCCGCCUCCUCCAGGAAGCCUUUCCAGCGACUAGAGCUUGUAGAGGAGGUGGACGGCUCAUUAGGGAACCGACCUUCAUCUCCAAGCCCUCGGGAGAACCAGGAAACGCCUCCUCGGGAUGGAUCCCGCUGGCAAUGGGUCUCUGUCAACCGGCCUUGGCUCAGAGAGUGGAAAACUCAGCCCGGGCCUGGCCUCCCCAGGUGGCCUCUCUCGACAACCUGAGCUCCGGAGUCAGAGCUGGGCAGGCGGGACUCUCGGGCACCCAAAUACUGGCUGCCUGAUCUCGGACAAGAUCAUCCAUCUCCCUAAGCCUUAGUUUCUUCAUCUGAACAAUGGGUUAAUGACACCGACCUCGAGGUGUGUAGGGGAGAUUAAAUGAGAUCAAGAUGCACGCGAGAGCAAGACGCCUGACACGCAGCCUGCGCUCAAUAAAUAUGUAUUUUCUCUUC